AUGACGAAUCCCCUUGAUUUUCUCAAGCAGAAGCGCCUUAGCUUCCUGCAGCGUUGCGACCGAUCGAGUUCCACUACCACCCAAUCCCCAGAACCCCCAACAGAGGAUACAACGGAGAUGCUGAGCUUGACUGCACCAUCUACUCCAAUUUCAGGUCGAAAUUUCGCAUCUUCUCAUUCCCAAUCGCAAGCCAUACAAUCUCCACCCCUAUCCUCAUCACCAAUAUCGCCAAACCGACUCGUCGCAUUGCCCCAGAAUGACGCAGAAGAACGCACAUGGACAACAACCGGCGUAAACAACGAAGCACAACCCACUACUCCUCACGCUCGUCGCUCAUCCCUCUCAAAUAUCCGUCGCACGCUCUCUACCACUAGCGGAAGCAUCAAGCGAUCCCUCAGCAUAUCAAAUCCCAAGGCGAAAGAUGGCAGGGUAUCCAUCAAAAGCCUUACACGAAGCAGCACCGCUUCAUACAGCAAGCUUGGGGGUCUGUCCGAGGGCCCGGAAGAUGAUUUGGGAUACUGGACUUGUUGUCAGGAUGAAGAUGAUAUAUCGCCUUGGCCUGUACGUGAUUCUGAUCUUCGUUCUUCUCAAAAUGUAUGCUAGUUUUACUAUUCCUAGUGUAGGAAGCAAAAUGAUCUCGCCGUGUCUGUGUGCGAGAGAUGUGGACAUUGGACUUGUGAGCGUUGUGUUGUGGAGAGGUAUAAGAAGGGGGAUCCUUUUGAGCGUGGGGAGGGCAUGAAUGCCUCGUCUUUUGGUGUUUUUUAA